AUGGCGGAUCUUGUAAAUCUCAAUGGAGACGGCAUUGUUGACACAAUGGAUAUGGACGGAAUGCCAAUGAAUUUGGAUAUGACCCUUGGGGUUGCGGGAGAUGCUGUUUUGGAUUCUGUGGAGGUGAAUUCUGAUAUUGCCCCGGAGAACGAACAACAAAACAUCGACAAUGAGACGUCCGCACAUCCCAUCACCGGUGCAGGGGCUGGUCCUCUCCCAACAGGCUAUGGUGCACAUUCCACUAAUCUGAACAGCGGCAGCACGCUGACCGAAUUUACCAAAAGACGAAACUGGUCCCAGCGUGUACUGGAAGAACUAAAAGACUUCCUGUAUAUUCUCACACCAGAUCGCCGGCUUUUGUAUGUUUCUUCUUCAGUCAAGGCUCUGACUGGCUACGAGUCUACCGAGCUGGUCGGCAAACCCAUGAUCGAAUUCAUCCACGCCGAUGAUACCGCCAUGUUUGCUCGCGAGUUCAGUGAGUCCAUCGCCACAGGCAAUCCUUUGCGCUUCUUUCAUCGCUUUCGGAAAGCAGAUGCUACCUACACAAUCUUCGAGUCACACGGACAUCCACAUUUCACAUCAGAUGCUGCUUACCCCUCGAAUAAUGCGGCCAGCUUCUGUCGUGGGUUUUUCAUGAUGGCUCGUCCUUACCCCACCAAAAACGCCGGCCUGCUAGACUCAUUCCUUGAACACAAAAUCGAGAACGAGCGUCUUAGCCGCCGCAUCGCCGACUUGAAACGCGAGGAAGCCGAAGAACUCGAAGCCCAGAACAGGCACAUGUAUCGAAAACAAAACGGCCACGACAAUGUUACGCCUUCAGAGUCGCGUGAGUCUGAGACCCCAGGUAGUGCCUCAUAUUCCGGUGGACAACUCAGCGACAGUCCUUAUGGUGGGAUGCCCCCGCCUGCCAAGCCGGGUGCUUCAAAUACAGCUCUUACGCAGAAGAAUCUUGACGAAGCAAAUGCCAGCUCUCGGCCAGAUAGUAUCACCGAUAAGAUGGCGCGGUACGAAGGGGCAUCGCAUAUUGAAGGUAUCGAAAUGCUCACUGGGCUUCACUACGGUGAGGGCGAGCGGAGUCAAGGCAUCUCCACUGGCGAUACUUCUGCUGCGCUCAUCCGUGGUGAUGCUGGUAUUGCUAUUCCUGUCGACAAAGAUGGGAUGCGGGCCAGUGGAGCUGCGGGGAGUAGUGGUGGGGACAAGAAGAAGAAAUUGAAGAUGGCCGAUGAAUAUGUCUGUACAGAUUGUGGGACCUUGGACAGUCCGGAGUGGCGAAAAGGACCAAGUGGCCCAAAGACUUUGUGCAAUGCUUGCGGGCUAAGAUGGGCAAAGAAGGAGAAAAAGCGAACUAGCGUUGGCGGGAAUGUGGCGGGCAUGCCAACGGGAGGCAGUGUAGAGAGCUAA